CACAUCACUUUUUCUCCACUUCCAAUGCUGAAAUUGUGUUUCUUCAUAUGUUUGGUAUACUGGGUGAAAUCAGAUGAGGAACAAGAGUGUCCCCAGUUUACAGACCUUAACAUAGGCAAUGCUUUGUCUGGAACAGAACUCCAUGUUCAGCUACUCCUGUACACAAGGGAAAAUCAUGAUUGUUCUGAGAAACUCAUUGAACACAACGUUACUGCAUCUGAGUACCUGAACACAACCAAGAAAAUUGUCUUUGUUAUUCAUGGCUUCAGGCCAACGGGAUCUCCUCCAGCAUGGCUGGGCGACAUGAAGAGGCUUUUACUGUCCUCAGAGGAUAUUAAUCUCAUUAUAGUUGAUUGGAAUCGAGGUGCCACUACUGUGAAUUACAUAACUGCUGUGGAAAACUGCAGAAAAGUUGCAGAAAUACUGAAGGAUUAUAUUGACCAGAUGCUGGUGGGUGGAGCUUCUCUUGGCUCUAUGCAUAUGAUUGGAGUUAGUCUUGGUGCUCAUAUAGCUGGUUUUGUUGGCCAGAAGUAUAAUGGCAAACUUGGCAGAAUUACAGGUCUGGAUCCAGCAGGCCCUUCGUUCUCUCGAGAACCACCAGAGCGCAGACUGGAUCCUACUGAUGCACAGUUUGUGGAUGUAAUCCACUCAGAUAUUGAUGUACUAGGUUUCAAGAAGCCUCUAGGAACCAUUGAUUUCUAUCCAAAUGGAGGAAUGGAUCAGCCUGGUUGUCCAAAAACAUUUUUCAGUGGACUUCAGUUUUUUAAAUGUGACCAUCAGAGAUCUGUCUUCCUCUUCUUAUCGUCUUUGAAAAGCAAGUGUGACAUAAUAACAUAUCCUUGUGACUCCUAUUUGGACUACAAGAGAGGAAAAUGUGUUGAUUGUGAUGCUUUCCAGCCAAUGUCCUGCCCAGUACUGGGUUAUCAUGCUGAUAGAUGGAAAAAACUGUUGAUAUCUUCUAGUUCACCAACAAAAGCUUACUUUGAUACCUCGGACAAAGACCCAUUCUGCAUGUAUAACUACAUAUUGGACAUUACUACCUGGAAUAAAAGCAUUAGGAGAGGUUUCAUUAAAGUGAAAAUAAUAGAUUAUGCUGGAAACACAGUAGAGUCACAGAUGAAUAGUGAAGCUUCAACAUUUCAGCAAUAUAAAAGAGUCAAAAUACUGACUGGAUUUCACCAAGACAUUGAAAAAAUUGCAAAAAUCUCCUUGACCUUUUCUACGAAGACUUUAAUAGGCCCAAAACAAAAGCUUAGGAUUCUUCAGAUGAAGCUGAAAUCUCUCAAUAAUCCAAAAAGGCUACAGCUUUGCAGAUACGAUUUUGUACUGAUGGAGAGCACUGAAGUGACCUUCAAACCUAUCCCUUGCUCUGAGAGGGGUUCAUGAAAAGAGAGCUGCUACUAACCUAAUUUCUCUCGGAGCAGUGACAUUUUGAUGCUCCUCAGGAUAAAGACUGCAAUGAGAAAGGAAAUGAGAUAAGCUAAAUUUAUUUUUCAAGAGUCUACCUGAUAAUAUGCAUUACUUGCUCUGAGUGCCUUAGGCUGAAAUUAAUUGAAAAGUUCAGACAUGUAUGUGCUUGGAAAAUUAUUUGAGUAAAGCAAAUGUAUCAUGUUGGAGAACAUGCAGUGGUCUCUUCAUCACUAUUUGUUAGCAAUGAAGCAACUACUGAAUUAAAUAUGAAUUAUCUGCAUAAUCCUG